UUGGCGUCGCCGGACACCUCGCAAUUUCCGGAAUGUGCUUGGCUCUAUAGACGACAAGUUUUUCGAAACGAAGACUUAUAUGUUACCUCCCUCUCUGGAAAUAUCGUCCACCAGGUUGUAUGAGCACUUGCAAGUUAUCGUCUUGCUCACAAAGCGACCCCAAGUUAUGCACGUCGAUCUUCUUGACGCAUGAACGACGAAUCGACACAAGACGGAUUUUCCACCAGUUGAGCAACUUCGUGAAUUGGUUGAAAUGCCAUUAGCGGAGUCCGAGAAAAUACCGCUCUCAGACCGCAUGUAUGCAGCUCUCACCUCUGAACGUGGCUACGACUUUUGUAGUGAGGAUCAUGUCGGCGAAUUAUUCAAAGUCGCGGAGUUCGACCCACGGUUCUCUGCUCUCUAUUUUGCGGUUGAUCAAUCUGCACCCAAUUGUGGACCAGAGUAUUCCUUCGUCCCAUUCUGGGACAACAACAUCUGUAACGUCAUCGCACUUCUAGUGCCGGGAGGCCGAGCUAUUCGUCACUCUCCGACGGAAAUCAGCAACUUCCCCAAGUUCGGUUUCCUUGUGAAUCAUGUAUGUCUGUUUCGGGGCGAGGAACGGGCCCCACACGGCAAGGAUGACCCUCGUGUGGAACUGAUCAAGAAGUUCCAGUGGACAUAUGGUUCUGUCCCCUAUAUGUUUGGCUACUAUUAUCGUGGAACUGAAAUGACCCUUACUACCAUUAUUGCACCUCGAGCCCCCGAAAACAAGAUACGACUCCAUGAUGUAAUCACCGUCGAUUUGAAGUACACAAGGGAUCGUAUUGCCAACAUACGACAUCUCAUCAACCUUUCAUCGGUUCUCCUCCUCCUGGGAAACCUCGUGUCAUCUCCUGUUGAUGAUUUUGCAGUGCUGCCGGAAACGGAAUCCACCGUCAUGUUCAAUCCCACGGAGGUCGUGAAGAUCUACCGGCGCAAAGACGCUGAAGAGAAGGUCAACCACCUCGAAAAAAUUUACGGAAUCCUCAAGGACAAGUCGAUCCCUAAUACUGAUAUGCUUGUCCGCGCGCAAACGGACGCUGUAGUCUUAGUUCCACGUGGAACUCCCCAAGAGCCAGGCACCGAGAACGAAUUACGUGAAUGUCUGGUUUGCGUUCUGGAUGUACUCGUCGCUUUGCAUCACAUUCCACUGUAUCACCGCGACAUUCGGUGGCCCAAUAUUAUUCGCACGAUCGAUGAUCGAUCGAAAUGGAUACUGAUCGGUUGGGACGAUGCUGCCGUCCCACCGACACAGGCUCUGCCAUUUGCGAGAGAACGGGAACACCACUCGCCAGCUAUCUUUCGAGAUGACCACGGAGAAGAGGUCGAUAUUUGGGCCGUUGGGCGUUUGAUUCGGACGUGUACAGCUGCGGAUAUCUCAGUGCAGAUGAGAAGGCUUGGGGCGCUUAUUUGUGAGGAAUCAGCCAAGUUGCAUGCAAAGGACGUUAUUGCGCUUCUCAACAACACUUCCAAAUUAGAUUGAAGGUAUUAUCUCGUCGUUUCUUCAUUCUUUUCUGCAUGUGAGAGACUUCGUACUACUAGUAAUGAGUUGUUCGAGACAUAAACCUAAGUGGUUUCCUCCCUUGUAUCGUGCAUUCUCGACAACAGCUGGCGGCCGCGUGGCUGCGUCACGUUUCUUCGAUCGCAGGUCCCAUGGUAGCUGGAUAGUAAUCGGUCGGUCACG